UCAGUUGUAAUCAUUCUGCAACCAGUUUUCAGAAGACUAGAACCAUCAUGUCUACCUUCGCCUUCCUUCUUCUUUGCGUGCAAGCUUGCCUUAUCCACAAUGCGUACAGCGCGUGCCUUGGUACCGGCUACUACGGGGCCGGGCUCGGCUACGGCUACGGCGGUCUCGGCUAUGGAGGAUGCGGUCUAGGCGGUAUCGGUUAUGCUGGUCUGGGCUAUGAUGGCUUCGGCUACGGCGGCCUUGGUUAUGGCGGUCUUGGUUACGGCGGCUUGGGAUAUGGUGUCGGCUACGACGGUAUCGGUGCUGGUUACGGUGGUGCCGGCGUUGGUAACGUGGCCGUCGCCGGUGAGCUGCCCGUGGCUGGUACCACCGCCGUCGCUGGUCAGGUGCCCAUCAUCGGCGCUGUCGGUUUUACCGGUGACGCUCUCGCCGCUGGCUCCGUCUCCAUCGCCGGACGUUGCGGUUGCGGUUGCGGCGGUCCUUUCGUCUACUGAUAAAUUCAUUAUUACAGAUCUUACGUUACUACGACCUGGCAAAGACAAUAAAUUCUGAUUUUGCAAUAUGAAA